AUGCGGGAGCAGGCAGCAACCAGAAUGGAGAAGUCCGUUGUCUGUACAAUACUCAGUAUUGACCGUGCGCUGUCGGGACAUGGGAGCCGGAGCUGGCGCAUCCCGGUUCGGAGUCGUGAGAGCCCCGCAGAGCUGCGCCGCGUGACGCAGAGGGCCGGCCAUGAGGCGCGCCGUUCCUGUCACCCACUGGACGUCACUGCGCCGCAGGAAGAGAGUGCUCUAGUGCGACGAUUCGACUUUUGUGUUCGGGAGUGGUCGCCGCUUCUCCGUGGCAGUGUAGCAGAGCCCGGCGAGCACGUGGCUAUGGCGGCGCACGGCGCGGCCACGGCGUCCGCCGGCGGCCCGGCCAACCACUGCAAGGACUGUGGCCUCUACUUCGACAGCGUCAAGUCGCUGGACGUCCACCUGCACUACCACAAGGAGAACCUACUCAGCAAGUGGGCCACCACGGCGACCGCCGCCGCCAGGGGCGUCCCUGGGGAGGAGGCCAACAACAACAACCACCACCAGCAGCACCACGCCGGCACCUCGGCCAGCAGCCGGCGCCGGAGGCCCGCACAGCAGCAGCAGUCGUCGCCGGAGGAGAGCAAGGGAUCUCCGGGGCCCGGGCCGCCGAGGCCGCCCUCCGGGGGCUACUACGCCCAGCAGGGCGCGCCCUCGCCCUUCGAGCCCUCGGCGGCCUCGCAAUUCGGCUUCGUGCCCGCGCAGUCGCCGACCUCGGUCGGCGGAGCCUUCCACCCGGCACUGCACCCCGCCUUCUCUGGCGGCAGCGGAUCCCUGUUCCCCGGGCUGCCUCACCAGCAGCAGCAGCAGCAGCAGCAGCAGCAGCAGGAGGGCCCCCAGCAGCAGCAGCACCACCACCAAGCUUCCCCGGGUCCGGACCACUUCGUGCCGGGCGGCGGAGACGUGGGCGUGUCGUCCUCGACUCCUCCGUCUGGCUCCGGACUGCGCUUCCACCCGUACCGCCAGCACGCGCCGCCCCCGCAGGCGGGCACGCCCCCAGCGCAGGCCCAGGCGAGGCCGCCACCGCCCUCGUCGCCGGCGCAGUGCGAGCGCUGCGGCCACGUGUGCGAGAGCGACCGCGCGCUGGCCGACCACGUGGCGUCGGCGCACCCGCCCACGCCGUCCGUGGCCGCCCCGUCGGCCGCCAACGGCGGUCCGGCCUCGACGUCCUCGGCGUCUGCGUCGCCGAGGCCCGCCAAGACGGAGGAGGAGGCCACGGCAGAGAUCCUCGACCUGGACUCUCACAAGGUGCACGUGUACGAGGGAGACGCUCCCCACGGGGUUCACGGGCUGCACCCCGGCUCCCUGUGGGGUGGUGCACACCACACGCAGCUGCUGCACCACGUGCCGCACCAGCAGCACCAGCACCACCAGCAGCAGCAGUUGGUGAUGAUGGACGUGCACGGGCACGGCCACCCGCAGUUCCCACUGCAGCAGCAACAGCUCACCUUCUUCCAGCCGCACCACUACCUCGAGCUGCAGCAGCAGCACCAGCAACAUCACCAGCACCAAGCACAGCACCAGCUGGCACAUCACCAGCAGCUCUUCCAACAGCCUCACCAGCCGCCCCCGGGGAGCCCCCUGGGGACAGUUCCGCCCACCUCCCACGGUGCACCUACACCCCCGGCAGCUGCUACCGCCUCCUCCCCUGCGGCGGCCUCUGGCAGUUGGAAGGCGAACGAGCUGCGCCGCCCUAAGACGUACAACUGCUCGGCGUGCAACAAGUGGUUCACCAGUUCGGGACACCUCAAGCGCCACUACAACACCACACUGCAUAAGAAUGCUGUCAAGCAGAGUGGGCAGCCUGAUCCUGCAGCGGCUUCUGGUACAACCAACCACCGCUCAGCUGCAUCCUCUCCGGCAUCUGCCCCCAGCCCCGGAGGCGGUGACGAUUCCUUUGGCAGCAGCAGUGGUGGUGGGCGCAUCACACCCCAGCAGCAGCCACCACCGGCUCCAGCAUUAGCUCAGGUGUCACCUCUUCAGCAGCAACAGCAGGCACCGCCCCCUCAACUACUAGGACAACCACCCCCAGUGGCUGGUGGAGGGGCGGGUCUUACGCUCUUCCCACACCAGUUGCAUACCUUCCAGCAACAACAACAACAACAACAACAACAACAACAACAACAACAACAGCAGCAGCAGCAGCAGCAGCCGCCACAGCAGCAGCAAUCACAACAGCAAGUGGUGCCGGGGCUAGGAACGGACCAGUUCUACAAACCCCACAGCAAUGGUUGCGGACUCGACAUACCUCAGCAUUCCCAACAACAACAGACACAGCAGCAGCUGUACCAGCAACAGCAGCAGCACCUUCUUCAGCAACAGCUGUACCCCCAUCUGGCACAGCAUCACCCAAACGCGAACACCCCCCACGUUUCUUCGAGCCUGAGCGCCGCCGGACCAGUGCCGACGCUGAUCCCGCUGGCUCGGGGGCAGAGCCUGGCUUCUUCAGGCCUCCCUUCUGGUAGCAGUGACCUGGAAGGCCUGCGGCAGUACCACCCCUUUGACGGGUUGUUCUCACUGCCUGGCUUUGCACAGCUCCACCACCAGCCUACAUCCUUCGGGCAGCUGGUAGGAGCUGAAGGGAACGUGGGGGGGACCGAAACCACCACCGUUACUGCCAGUGCCGACGACAUCGGUGCUGACAUCGACGGCGAUGACGGCGACUUGGACAACUCGACUGCAGGGAAGGUCGGUACCUCCUUCUCUGGCAUCGCAUCUAGUGGGUGCCAGCUGGACCUGCUCGAGACACCGUACGACGAGCACAAGUAUGUCACAGACGCGAUAGUUCCCGACCUGGGGAGUGAGAUAAAGUUCGAGACUGAGGAAGUGACAAGCCCUCUGGAACUACCUCGGGGAGAUUUCGACCUCAAGGAGGAGUUGGGUUACGAGCAAGAGGGGAGAAGCCCUGCAGAACUUCCUCAAGUGGGGUUCAACCUCAAGCAGGAGUUAGGGUGUGACCUACCGUCACCGGUACAGACUCCUUGUUCUACUGUGGAAGAAGCAGACAGCCAACAGUUGGAGCCACAGCCACUGCUCCUGAUGCUGACAGCUGCACCUUCUGUGGCAGCACUGGAAGCCAUCGGUGAGGGAAACCCAGUCAGUGUCCCGACGCCACCCCCGGCGAGGAGCACACCGCCGAGACAACGGCGGCCCGAAACAGUUAGUGGCUCGGCCGACUCAACGACGCCACCUGCAUUCGACUCUUCUGCUCGCAGCAGUGCUUCGGGGUCCUUCGCCCGCUCCACAGUGUCCGGUGGGCCCCAGCACAAGUGUUUCGAAUGCCGUAAGGUUUUCAACAAGGCGUGCUACCUCACCCAGCACAACAAGUCGUUUCACUCGGGUCACAAGCCUUUCAAGUGCAAUCGGUGUGGCAAGCGCUUUGCCACGGACGACCUGUACCAGGGGCACUGUUCCAAGCAUGCUGGGGAUAAACCGUACAAGUGUGAAUUGUGCCCGAAGCAGUUUAAUCACAAGACCGACCUGCGCCGCCACAUGUGCAUCCACACAGGUGACAAGCCGUAUGCGUGCCACGUGUGUGGAAAGGGCUUUAUCCGCAAGGACCACAUGCUCAAGCACUGUGAGACACACUGGCGCAGAGUCCCCGGAGCAGCUCAAGGUGUGUCUCCACGGCGCUAUGGUCAGGUUGUGGUUGCAGCACAAUAAAUGUAAAGAGCAGACACCUGAGCUUAGACUACAUUUACCUGGGACUACAGGUAUCGGACAUUGGGUGUAUGCUGAGGGCUGUCUGCCUCUGACCCUACAAUAUUUGGGAGCUAGAUUACCUUGAACACAAAGGUAUUCUGAAGCUUUUAACGUGUAUGAAAGUCGAUUACAGUCUUGGACAUUGUAAGUGAUCGGAUAUGCAAAAGUAUAAAACUGCGUAAGUGUUUUUUUGUUUUGUUUUUGUUUUUCCUUCCUCUGGUGGAACAGCAUCUACUUUGAUAUGUGAGGAGAUAUGUCCUUCUAGUAACUUUACUGCCUGUAGGGCUCUUAUGUCUGAGGAAGAUACUGCACACUGGUGUGGAAGCUAAUGUUCCACUUACGCAUGGACAAGGUUAUACUUAAACUGUAGAUUUUGAUCUGGCUUGCUCACAAGCCAGUCUGUUCCUUGCUUCAUGAGGAGUUACAUACUGACAACAGCAUUUUCUGCUGGCUGUGGAUAAAUUGAUUUCACCUCAUCUGUUCAGCCGAUACAAUUGUAAAUAGUGUCUGUUACUCAGGUGGGACAUUGCGUACCUUAGUUUGUAUGAGCUAUGCUAUAAAUUGAGAGAAAACAUCCGUCAGGUAUGUGGUUAAUCCCCCAGUGGCAUCAUAGAUUGUGAACAUACCGUUUUUCUUGCUCAACUAGGAAAGUGUGUUACUCUGUAUCUUGAAGACAGUUGUGAAAUAAGUCAAAUGGAUACAAAAGUGAUGACUCUCAAACAAUAUUGCUGGUGCCCUUUCCAUUCUGAUAAAAUCUUUGUGUGUGUGUGUGUGUGUGUGUGUGUGUGUGUGUGUGUGUGUGUGUGUGUGUGUGUGUGUGUGUGUGAUCACUGACAGAUUAUUUUGUGAUGCAACUAGACGUGUCGAGGACAGGAUCUUGACUUAGACUAUGAACUUGUGCAAAUGUGACAACUAUAUGAAGUAAUGGUAACUCUAUAGUGAGUUUUCUAUUGUUCCUGUACAUGAGAUUUUCCUAAUAAGUAUAAUGAGUUCAGGCAGAAAACACACACUUUACAAGCUUGUUUUAAAGCUAACUUCUGACUCUAUGCUUUUUUAAAGAAAUAACAGUAGGUGUAUACAUUCCACCUGUACAAAUUUUUCCUUUGUUGUUAAGAAUUGUGUGAAAUAAUUUUAUUACUAUUAUUCUGUUGCUAUGGAUACACACAUUUUUGAGAAAUAAUUUAUUUUUUAGCAUGUUCCCCUAUUUACCUGGGGUCAAACAUUAUCAUUAUUAUUAUAACAUCCUUCACAGGAGGUACUGUUUUGUAAUUUAUGCUGAUGUAAAUUCUGCAGUUGGACAAUAUUGAUAGUUUUAGUAUAGUUCUGUUUAUUGUUAGUAUAUAUAUUUUUUACGAAGAGUGACAUUGUUUCUUGCUUCAUUGAGAGGCUUGUUGACAGUUUUGUGGGUUGUUCCUGGCCAGUAUCAGCUUGUAGUAGAGUCCUCCUUUCUUAGUAGUUUGGACUGAUUGGCAAUGCUUUCCGUGAUAGAUGCUUUGAUGACUGCAGAGCUUUGUUCUGGGCUGAAGGGUGGGAAAAUGUUUCAUUGUGUGAUCUAGUGAUCUGGGUUGAGAACAAGUUUGCACAGUUAGGAAGAGCCCCUGCCUGUUGAUUAAUUCACCCACACUAGUUCAGAGCUGUCGUCCACAAUGACAUUUGUGGAUGGGUGCCCAGCUUCCAUUGUGUAUUGUUCCUAUGUCGUGUUUAUUGUCAGAAUUAUACCAGUCACAGUUUUAUACUCAUUUUAUAGGGUCUUUAUUAUUGAGACCUAUGAAAAAGGCUUUUGUGCCGAUUUACCAGUGGGGGAGAAAAUUAGAGAAUAUAUUGACCUGGUGAGUACUUACUUCCUCCCAGGUAUUUAUGAUUAAAAUUGUUUAUUAAUUAUAAAUUGAGAUUAUUUUCCAUUUCUAUAUUAAAGACACAAGGUUCCUGAAGAACAUCAGGGAUUUUAUUUGUAAUUUUUAUUGUUGUAUAUAGCAUUAAAAAUAGAGGGUUUAUCAAUAAAUACAGAGUUUAGUAACAUUUUUUUCUCUGUUUCCUUAAGGUUUCUUAAUAAGUUUAUCAGUAAUGUGUUUUCGACCCGGAAAAGGAUUACUGGGCCAAAGAAAUGUGAAGGUCCUCAAUGCUUUGAAUAUGAAUGAGUGCACAGUUACAGAAGCUUUGCUGAAUAAAUUUCAAAAACAAACUGAUCACUUUCCUAGUAAUUCCAGACUGUCUUUCGGAUCUUUAUUUUAAUUGAUAUUAGUAUUUAGUCUGGUUCUCCAUCCUAUAAAGUCAAAUUAGUUGAAUUGCUGCCCCAGCUCUUGGUGCUCUAAUGUCAGAUCAGCCUCUCUCCACAUAAUUGUCUGAAAUGAACAAUCAAGAGAGACUUGUUAGAAGGCCAGAGGGUGGUAGGGUAAUCAUUUCAAAGGAAUGUGGUCUGCUUAACUUCCUGAAUUCGCUUGCAAGGCUUUAAAGAUAUAUUUCAAUUGAGGAGUAUAAAGUUUUAACACUAAUUCGGGAAUGAAGGGUGUCAGUGAUGGUAUAUUUCAGUGCACAGGGUGGUGUCCGCAUUUACAAUCGUUGUUUCACUUAAACAGUUUUGCCAAGCAGACGAAGACACGACCUCACAAAUGUUAAUUGGUUUUGUUCUGACCUGAUCUCUUCUCUAGAAGCAUGUUUUGUGAACAUGCAAGGUAAUCAGGCUGGCUGUGCAUAGCUACCCCUUCCCGUUCCCCUUUCAGCAAUUGGCUUUCUGUCGUGUCAGCCAACUGCCAGUACAUACAGUCCUCUGAAAAUAGCCUAUGCAGUUUCGGCAUUAACAUGAGGAAUGGUAUGGUGGGAGGUAGCAGGUAUCCUAUCUGCUUCUGAAUUAGUCUGUUCUGAUCCAUUUCUUUUCAUAUAAAGAGGCCUUGACAAGAUUCAGUUUUUUCUAGCAACAGUGGGGAGAUGAAUUUGAAUGUGAUACGUAGCUGGUGUCCAAAAAUUUUCAGAACUUGCAGUACAAGUAAUGAAAUAAACUUCCUAGUGCCUGUAAAUAUUACAUAUAUUUGUGCACUGAUUUUUUUAGCUUGUACCGGAACAUGUUGGGGUCUUAUUUUUGAUGUAGACUAGUAAUUUCAAAUAGCUGGGAGUGGCAUCAUAUACCUGUUUCUACUAUACUAGUUUUUUAGCAUGCAAACAGCCACAUUAUUUUGGAACUAUGACAAAUAAAAUGCUCAACUGAAAAUGAGCAUUCAAAUAUUACAUAUAGAAACGAAAACUGCCAUGCUGUACAAUACUAGUUGCAUCAGAAAAGACACAAGAAACAUUAACAGGCUCCAGAAACUUUAUUUCACUAAAAUUCGACAUUUGCAUGAUCGUGAAAAUAGCUUAUAAAACAUGUGUCCAUCAUUCAUACUUACCUCUCCUCUGUUGCUCCUCAGUGCUGCGAUUCUGAGUAGUUGCUUUGUAUCAAAUUCUGAUUGUCCAGACCUUUUGCUUAGGAAUUUCGUAUUUCAGCUAGGUUUCUUCAUUUUUGUUGGUGUAUUUUUCAGUAAGGUGACAAGUCCUUUCACCAUGGGUUUUUCUUGGAGAAUUGCAGGUCAUUUCCCGACUCCCCCCCCCCCC